AUGGGCAGCCAAGCAUUUGGUGCCUUUCCCUUCGGUUCCGCAGCAGCGGCAGGAACCCCGGAUCAAGUCUUGUGGCGCUCGACGGCCCGCUUCGAGAUCGAGCUGCCAGUCUCCGACAUCUCCUCAGGCGAUCGCGGCGGUAAGGGCUUGAUCCCUGGCGCGGAUGUUCGCGAGGGCGGAAACACGAGUGCCCCCGGUGUGAUUUGGCCCAGCGGCGACUGGGACUUUGUGGACAACAAGUGCAUUUUCCAUCUCACUCCUGACAUGGUCCUCUACGAUGCCCAACGCAUUUACCUCUACAUUUGGGCACUGAACCCCACGCGACCAAUGCCCAGAGACGACGGGGCGAACGUGUGGAAGAUCAACUUCUACUCUGCCGGUGAUUGGGGCCUUCCAGAUGCUCACUAUGUACCAUGCCAGCCUUUCAUGCCGCCUUUCUGCAACGACACUGGCGAAACUUACUUUGUGAAUCCUGCAUCAACCCCAAUUGUGUAUCGCCACUACUCCCUCCUCUAUCCAAACUACACGGAGGUGGAACAACUCAGUGGACCAUUCGAGUUCUCUGUGCCUGCUGACCAGCCGGAAUUCUUCGUCACAAACUUUGCAGUGCUUGGAGUCUUGAGGCAGACCGUCGUGCAGCCUGCUGGGACAAUUUUAGGCUCAAGGACCUCCAUGAACGUCAUGUUCGUCGCCGAGCUGGGGGCCAACCGCGGAGGUUUCGUUGCGGUGCAUGCGCCCGGCGGCUUUGACUUUGGAGAUCCUUGUGCUGCGCGGAACUUGCCACAGGAGUAUUAUGCCAGCUUCGGCCCUCCAGCGGUGAAUGUGCCGCAGAGAGUCUGGCCUUUGGAGGACAUGGGGGAUUGCGCCCUGGGCAGCCCACCAAGCUGGCACCCCAAUGGAGUGUAUGCCAUGGUCAAGGUGGAAGGUUCCAUCAUAGCAGCGCGCUUGUAUGGCUUGGAGAUCGACAUGUCCUUCCCGAGCAGUUACCUGUUUCAGAACCACAGCCACGAUUACUGGGCCUUCCACAUCAGCGUGGUGGACGGCUUUGGCUUCGGCCGCGACUCCACCUAUUUUACGGCAGCAAUGCACGCUGACGUGGAGAGGGUGCCCUGGGAUUUCUACAAGGACAAAUCUAGGGUAUGGCUCUGCAAAGAUGGACACACAAGUGACGCAUGUUACUGA